AGGGGCAGGUUCUUCCGCCCCCCCGGCCGGGGCCCGGCAGUCUCCGGCAGGCGCAGGCGGUUCCGCCGCGCCGCCCGUCCCCGGGACGUCAGUGGCGGGGGGCGGGGUGUCUCCGGCGGUCGGUUCGAAGCGGGGCGGCAGCAGCGAGAUGGAAAGCGGGGCCGCGGCGGCGGGCGGCAGCGAGAUGGAGAGCAGGGCUGCGGCGGCCGUGCGGCCCGUGUGCCCGCAGGCGGCGGGCGGCGUGGAGCCGGGCCCGGGGGCAGGCCGGUUCCCGUUCCCCUACACGCCCUACCUCAUCCAGGAGCAGUUCAUGGCGGCGCUGUACGGCGCGCUGGAAGCAGGCUGUGUCGGGAUCUUCGAGAGCCCCACGGGCACGGGAAAGUCGCUGAGUCUUAUCUGCGGGGCCCUCUCCUGGCUCCGAGACUUUGAGGAGAAAAAGCAGCAGGAGGAGGCUCGACUUCUGGCACUCGAGCACGGCGGGCAGGAAGGGAAGAAACUGCCGACCUCGGUGGAGCCGGGACACCCAGCCAACAGAGACACCGCUGGAGAGCCGGACUGGGUCACAGCCUUUGUGCAGAGCAAAGAAGAGCGAGACAUGGUGGACAGGCUAAAGGAAGAGCAGAUGAGGAGGAAGAAGCGAGAAGAGCAUCUUGAGAAGAUUCGCCACAACGUGCAGUUAAAAUACACAGCAAAGAGGAAGAGAGCUGAGGAGGAUGAGACGACGAGGCUUCUGCAGCUCAGCAAGGAGCUUCUUUCAGAGGGAGAUGGAGCAGAUGUUCUAGAGAAGCUGGAUCACAAUGAUGAGGAGCUCAUUCUUGCUGAAUAUGAGAGUGACGAAGAAAAGAAAGUGGUAUCUGGGCUUGCAGAAGAUGAUGAUGAUUUGGAAGAGGAGCAUGUGACUAAGAUCUACUACUGCAGCCGCACUCACUCCCAGCUGUCGCAGUUUGUGCAUGAGGUGCAGAAGAGUCCCUUUGGCAAAGGCACCCGGCUGGUCUCCUUGGCAUCCAGGCAGAACCUGUGUGUGAAUGAGGAGGUUCGACGCCUGGGGGCUCUUCAGAUCAUCAAUGACCGCUGCAUGGAGAUGCAAAAGAACAAACACGAAAAGAAGAGUGAGGAGGAGAAGGCAGGGCAGAGGAGACGUGCGAGCCGCCCCAGCGCCUCCUGCCCCUUCUAUUCCUAUGAGCAGAUGCAGUUUCUGCGCGAUGAAGUUCUCGUGGAGGUGAAGGACAUUGAGCAGUUGGUGGCUCUGGGGAGGGAGGCCAAAGCCUGCCCAUACUAUGGGAGUCGCUACGCCAUUCCUGCUGCUCAGCUGGUGGUGCUGCCCUAUCAGAUGCUCUUGCAUGAGCCUACCAGGAGUGCUGCUGGGAUCAAGCUGAAGGACCAAGUUGUAAUCAUUGACGAAGCCCACAACCUCAUAGACACCAUCACCUGUAUCCAUAGUGCAGAAGUCAGUGGCUCUCAGCUGUGCUGUGCCCACUCCCAGCUGCUGCAGUACAUGGAGCGAUACAGGAAACGUUUGAAGGCAAAGAACUUGAUGUACAUUAAGCAGAUCCUGUAUGUGCUGGAACGGUUUGUGGCUGUGCUGGGAGGUAACGUGAACCAAAAUCCAAGCUGUCAGGUGGUUCCCCAAACAGGGACAGUGCUAAAGUCCAUCAAUGACUUUCUAUUUCAGAGCCAGAUUGACAACAUCAACCUCUUCAAGGUUCAGCGUUACUGCCAGAAGAGCCUCAUCAGCAGAAAGCUUUUUGGGUUCGUGGAGCGCUAUGCAGGCCCUGCCACAGCUGUGAAGACCAACAAGGAGAACCAAAAGUUGGCUGGUUUGCAGAGCUUUCUUCUGACCCUCCAGCAGGGGUCUGGUAAAGAAGCAGGUGUUCCCCAGAGCCAUCCUCCUGCGGAGGCUGAGAAUGAGCAGCUCCGAGCUGCCUCUCCACUGAUGCAGAUCGAAGGAUUUCUCUCAGCCCUGACAAAUGCAAACCAGGAUGGCAGAGUCAUUCUCAACAGGCAAGGCACAGUUGCCCAGAGCAGCCUCAAAUUCCUCUUGCUGAAUCCAGCUGUCCAUUUUGCCAAGGUGGUGGAAGAAUGCCGUGCUGUGGUCAUUGCUGGGGGCACCAUGCAGCCGGUGGCUGAUUUCCGAGAGCAGCUGCUGUCCUGUGCUGGCGUGGACCCUGCCCGUGUUGUGGAGUUCUCUUGUGGACAUGUGAUUCCUCCAGAAAACAUUCUACCCAUCGUCCUCUGCAAUGGGCCUUCCAACCAGCAGCUCGAGUUCACCUACCAGACCAGAGACCGUCCCCAGAUGAUGGAUGAGACAGGUCGAAUCCUUUGCAACCUGUGCAACGUUGUCCCAGGGGGUGUGGUGUGCUUCUUCCCCUCCUAUGACUAUGAGAAGCAAGUGCAUGCACACUGGGAGAAGACAGGGCUGCUCGCCCGCCUGGCAGCCAAGAAGAAGGUCUUUCAGGAGCCUAAGAAAGCCAGCCAGGUGGAGCAGGUGCUGGUGGAAUAUGCCAAGUGCAUAAAGCGCUGCAGCCAGGCAGGAGGACAGAUGACAGGGGCCCUGCUGCUUUCCGUGGUUGGAGGCAAAAUGAGCGAAGGGAUCAACUUCUCCGAUGAGCUGGGCAGGUGUGUGAUUAUGGUGGGAAUGCCUUACCCCAACAUUAAAUCUCCAGAGCUCCAGGAAAAAAUGGCUUGGCUUGACAAAACAAUGCCCAGAGCCACUGGCCAGGCACCUAGCAGAGUGCUGAUUGAGAACCUGUGCAUGAAGGCAGUGAACCAGUCAAUAGGCAGAGCCAUUCGCCAUCAGAAGGACUUCGCAAGCAUCCUGCUGCUGGACCACAGGUACGGAAGCGCUGCCGUCCUCAGCAAACUGCCAGGCUGGAUCAGGGAGAGGACCCAGGUGAAAGCCACCUUUGGAUCAGCGUUUGCAGAGCUCAGAAAGUUCCAUCGAGGGAGGUGAUGUGAAGCAAGGAGCAGGCUGUAGGUUGGGGUCAGCUCUGUGAGCUCUGAAGAACACCUGAAGAUGCCCAAGUUCCUGCUUUUUGGUACUAAGGGACGUGUGAGCCUUUGCCUUUUGCCUCCUUUGUGGAUGUUUGCUGCUCAGUACCUGCGUGCCGUGAUGGUGAGACAGCCUCCGGUACCAUAACUAGGAGGGACACUGGUUGUAAGUCUGAGGUAAGGGUGGCAGGCACCUACUUGUUAACAACUGUUAAGGGUUUAUUUAAAUUGAUUACAUAUUUUCAACCCAAGCACUGAAGUGUGAGGAGCAGAAUUACUUGGACUGCACACAGCUGCCUUCUCCUGUCAAGCACCACCUGUACAAAGCAAACACCAGAGCUUGUCACAGGAAUUGUGAACUGUCUUAGCUUGUGUCACCUUGGAAUGGCACAGACAGGCAAAGGGGCAGCUGUGGCUAACAUUUCUCAUCCCAUUCUUUCUGCCUUGCUUCAGGCAGCCAAUGGAUUCAAGGAGUGGUUCAUUAUUUCAAGGGCAAUAAAGGGUACAACCAUA